AUGGAGAUCUUUUUUACCAACCAUUUCAGCAAUAGCUGGGAAUAUGCAUCAGAUGAGUAUCCUGAUAACCCUCCUCCCUCUGGCAUAUAUCGAGAAAUUGGAGACUAUAAAUUCGGCCAACUGCUGGAGUCUGUCGGGUUCAACUGGUAUACCGUAACAGUGACGGAAUAUCCGGAAGGAAAUUACCCACACUUCAAGGCUAUGUUAGAAAGCGAAGCGAUUGGGGAUGGUCGACUGCUCCGCGGUGAGAUUAUGACUAUCACUGAUAUCAUGGCUGCUCGUCUGAGAACCAGGUCUCUACGAUCGCAUAUCAUUGCCCCAAUGCUGGUCAUAUCUCUCAUGGGCCCUCGCCAUGCCCGCGUCCUGGAAGCCGAUUUUGACGGAGAGAUGCUCAACAUUCGUGCUUCCAAGCUGUACGACUUUUCGCGGGUGAAUACCGAUUCUGCGCAAUUGAUCACACGGUAUUGGCUGGGAGGUACUGGCGCUGGACGCUACGUUAUGAUCAAAUGGGUAAUGAAAUAUGGUCCCUAG